UGCCGGGAGGCUCAGGUAUUGUUCACCUGCAGCGGCCGCCGCAGCAGCAGCCGCAGCCGCCGCCGAGACGGCCGGGAUCGGGAGGCUCCCGGGCGGGGAGGCCGAGAGGAGGCGCCGCGCCCGAGGGGCAGGCAGCAUGCCGCUGCGGCUCCAGCCCCGGGGCGCGGGGACAAAGAGCGCCGCCGCGUCCGCCGCCCCUCCAGCCGCCUCCUCGUCCUCCUCCCCGGCGCUGACCGCGGGGGCGGCCGCGGCGCCUCCGACCCCCUCGCCGUCGCCGCCGCCCCCCGCCCUCAGCGACCCCGCGGCGGGGCCGAAGCCGCUGCUGCGCUGGGACGAGGUGCCCGACGACUUCGUGGAGUGCUUCAUCUUGUCGGGCUACCGACGGCUGCCGUGCACGGCGCAGGAGUGCGUGGCGUCCGUGCUGAAGCCCACCAACGAGACGCUCAACUUCUGGACGCACUUCAUCCCGCUGCUGCUGUUCCUGAACAAGUUCUGCCGCCUCUUCUUCCUGAGCGGCCGCGACGACCUGCCCUUCCACCACCCGUGGCUGCUGCCGCUCUGGUGCUACGCGUCGGGGGUGCUGCUGACCUUCGCCAUGAGCUGCACGGCCCACGUGUUCAGCUGCCUGUCGCUGCGCCUGCGGGCCACCUUCUUCUACCUGGACUACGCCUCCAUCAGCUACUAUGGCUUUGGCAGCACCGUGGCCUACUACUACUACCUGCUGCCGGGACUCAGCCUGCUCGACGCCAGCGUCAUGACCCCCUACGUGCAGCAGCGGCUGGGCUGGCAGCUGGACUGCACGCGGCUGAUCGCGGCCUACCGCGCGCUCGUGCUGCCCGUUGCCUUCGUCCUGGCCGUGGCCUGCACCGUGGCCUGCUGCAAGAGCCGCAGCGACUGGUGCACCUACCCGUUCGCGCUGCGCACCUUCGUGUUCGUCAUGCCGCUGAGCAUGGCCUGCCCCAUCAUGCUGGAGAGCUGGCUCUUCGACCUGCGCGGCGAGAACCCCACGCUCUUCGUGCACUUCUACCGCCGCUACUUCUGGCUCGUCGUGGCCGCCUUCUUCAACGUCAGCAAGAUCCCUGAGCGCAUCCAGCCGGGCCUCUUCGACAUCAUCGGCCACAGCCACCAGCUCUUCCACAUCUUCACCUUCCUCAGCAUCUACGACCAGAUGCACUACGUCGAGGAGGGCCUGCGCCAGUUCCUCGAGGCGCCCGCCGCCUCGCCCACCUUCCUGGGCACCGUGGGCUACAUGCUCCUGCUCGUGCUCUGCCUGGGCCUGGUCAUCAGGAAGUUCCUCAACGUGUCCGACCUCUGCAAGGAGGACUGAGGCCGAGCCUGCGAGACAGAGAGAGAGAGGGAGAGGGAGAGAGAGACACAGCCGCCCCCCGCCCGGUGGUCGAGCCCACCCUUCCGGCCCGGGGUUGGGAGUUUUGCUUUGGGGCUUCUUGGUCUGUCAGGUUUGGCUUCGUUUCCUUUCCGCUCUUCCCCCCCCCCCCCCCAUGCUCCGUGGAUGGGGAGAGGGAGCGGAGAAUCCCCGCCUAUCAUUGGACCCUCCAAGCCCCUUACCCAAGCGCUUGCAUGGCCGUUAACCGACCCCGAGAGGGGGAGAGCUGGAGGGCAGAAGGAAGCGAUCGAGCGCCCUAGGCCAAAGGGGAAAAUAAAUGUUCAUGUUAUGGUUCAGGAAAAAAAAACAAACCGCACGCACACACACAAACGACAGCCUUGUGAUUGUGGGUCAUUGGGAUCUUGUCUUUUCUUUAAACGCACAACUUGCUUUUUAGGGAUUGGCCAGGCAGGCUGGUCCCCUGGAUCGGGGUCACCUGGGAAGUAAAGGAGGGGUGAGGAUCAUUUUAAAACCCACCACGCUCAGAACCGUCUUGGGCUCUUUAAGAAGAGUUCACUUUAUAGGAAAGGAGCCCAUUAACUUCAUUAACCCUGAUGUUUUAACCUGCUAGAAAAUGCAUGGAAAUGUGAACACAAGUUUAAUUCUUUCAAUGUGUUGAUGAAUUGUUAUUUAAAUAGUAAUAUAUAUAUUAUAGAUAUAAUAUAUAUAUGCAGUGAUUAUUUCAUGUUUUUUUUAAAUCAACUACUGUGUAGAAAUAUUUUCAGAAUAAGCACUUGAAAUUUUCUUUUCUUUUUGGGGAAGUGUGUGUGUGUGUGGGGGGGUAAUUAUUAUUUUGAAAUCUCAGCCCUUCUACAUUACAUACGCUGGAAUUGGGUUGGAAGUUGGAUUGAUUGAGAGGAGUUGCCUUUUAUACAGUGUUGUUGUUUUUUUUCUCGAGGACCACGUGUAUGUGUGAUGAUAUAGCUGUGAAUUAUUCUCCCAUAGGGAAUGUGAUCCAAGUAUGGGAGAGAGCUAGAGUGGUUUGUAUAACUUCUAGGCUGGACAUCCUCUCAUUCCUUCAGGUUUUGCUUGGUUUCCCUAUCUGAGAGGGCUACACAAACCCCUACCUUGACUACUCUCAUCUUUAUUCUCCUUAAUUCAGUUGCCACUGGAGAAAUGUGCCUUUUGAAACAGUGUCCAAAUGGCUGGUCCUCGGACCGGGAUGCCUGGGCAUCGGGGCAAGCCUUGCCUGGGUGGUUAUUGCAAAUCAAGGUUUAACAUUUCCAUCCAUGAAUGAAGAAAGAUGGGGCUGGUUGUGAUUUUUGUGGUAUGAAUUGCUUGCUCAGCCUCAUCUUCUGAAAUACUCUGCAGUGUAGAGUUAGGCAUGGAAAUCAAACGGAGAUCGCUGGUGCCACUGUUAUCCCUGACAGGCAGCCUUGGGGAAGAACCAAUGAGAGUGCUUCGAAUUGAUGCAGCCCUUUGUUUUAAAAAUUCAGCAAGGGAAGAAAUCAUUCAAUCCCAGCCAUCUCUGGAGACAGAUUCCAUCAGCUAGAAUUGAAACCUUUGAGUUAAAACAGGAUUUAUCUUGGUGUUAGGAGGUCAUCUGUCCACUUCCUGGCAUCAGAGGUUCAGCUCUUUAGGGGAUGGGCUCUUACCUGGGUCAGUCUUAGGAAAUUACUAAUGGUGCCCUCUUCAGUUAUUUGGAAAUGAGUUCCUGUACUUGACUUACUCUAACAGUUCAGGUUGUGGCCUGUCUUUCCGGGGGACAUUUUUAACAAGUCCUGAUCAUUUUUGCACUUGAGCACAAUCUAGUGGGGCUAUUCAGAUGCUUCUCAAAAGUCAACUAGGGGACUUGAAAUAGGGAGGAUAUUUGAAUUAUAGCAUUAUUGUGGAGUUAUAGACAUGCACCAGAUGGGGAAAGUAAAAAGAGGAGUGACUUCCUUGAACUGGAGAGAUGGUGCUUUUCAAAGAAGUGAUAGUACUACUGUUUUUGUAAACAGAGAGGUGUAGCACAAUUCCCUGGAGGAAAUAAUAUCCCAGUUGAUUUUUGUGUGUUUGCAUACAAAAGUUAAAUUUAUAUGUUUUUAUGUAAAUGUAGAAUCUUUUACUGGAAUUGAUUGCAAGGGUACUCAUUGAGCACCAGCUCAUGCUUUUGAAAACUCCAGCAGCAUUACCAUUAGGCUAGUGCAGAGGUUAAUAAUUUGUACCUCCAAGCUCUGUAGGACAGUACCUCUAUAUCCAGGGAGCCUGUGGAAAUGGCCACACCUGGAUGCAAAUUUAUUCGUAUAUGAAUGGUGUCCUGGUACCCCAAGGAAUGUUUCUUUGGCGUGCUGAAAUUAUUCAGUGUCCCUGAUUUUGAGGUGAGCUGUAGCACCAAUUCUGAGUUGUCAGUCUAUAGACUUAUAAAGGUGGAUCCUGCUUGGGUGGGUGGGUGGAAAGGACUUCUGCACCUGCUGGGCUUAAUUUCUCAGAGGAAAACAUUUAAACCCAAAGACACAAUCCCUCCCCAACCUUCUUUCUCCUCCCUCUUUGUCCUUAUCAUAGAGAGGCCACUUAAGGAUAAAAUUAUACCCAUAUCAUUUUCAAGUGAUUAAUGUUGCGUGAGCCCUGUAAGAUGACACACUUUUCCCUUCGAACAGUUCAGCUCAAAGUAUGUCACUGAGAAAAUACUUCCUUUUCUUCCUUUCCUCCCUCCUCAUUUUCCUUCUUGGUUCAAACUCAGACUUUCUAUAAUAUAUGGAGGGGGAAAAGUAAGCAUUGGAAAUAGAGUGUUCACUAAACUGACUUCACAUUACCUAUACAUAUUAGGUACAUUUGAGUUAUGAGACCAGGGAUGAUCCAUCAGAUUUUUUAUAUUAUUUGCUGUUUUUUUUUAUCGUUUCUGCUAACAAACAAUGGUACAACAAAAUCCAUAAAUAUUUACUUGCUACCUAUAUUCGUGUGGGACUGCCAGCUAUAAUAGAAAUAACACCAAAAUUCAGAAGAGGUUAUUUUUCUGAAACAAUUUCUCAAUCACCCUUUUGCCCCAUCCAUUCUUUAAACAAAGUUUAUUUUGAAGACUUGUUAUUUCUCGAUGUCGUCCAACCUUAGUUGUAAAGUGAAGAACAAAUAGACAAAAUAAUAAUGGAUUUUAAAAUCAUCUUCAUAAAUGAUUGUAGCAAUAGAAUGAAGCACAUUAUAUAAUCCUUUUUUAAUUUUUACUUGUUGGUCUUGAACAGAAUGCCUUCUCAAGGAGCAAUGUCACAAAGUCAUUACUGGCUUGUAAAAAUAAAUGUGAUAUUUUCCACUGGCCACAUAACAUCUUCUAUAUAUAUCCCAGCAAGAGUAUAUGGUGCUGGCCUGUCCAAAGCUUGGCCUAGAAUGUUAUUUCCAUUCAUAAAUAGUGCCUGUAAACUUAUGAUUUAUAAUGUGUUUUCAAUUGAAAAAAACCUUUAGGCCCUACCAAAUCAAUAUGCUAUUUCAUACAGAUAAUUUCUAGGAGUAUAAAAUGCUUAAGAAUGAUGUUGACAGAGAUGAUUUUUGAACUUUUUAAAAUUUUUAUGACUUUUUGCCAGAGAAUGAGAUUUUGAUCAAAGGGGUCACAUCAAGCAAUAAUUAAUAGCACUUUUCAUCUCUAGGCUUCUUAUUAACUAGAUGAAUUAAUUUGCACAAAAUCACCAGUGAAAGAAUCCAUAGUUAUCAUCUCAAUGUUAGGGUUAUACAGCUUGUCCAAGCCCACUGAACUAGUUUCUUAAACUAGUAUUUUGAAUUUGAGAACUUGUCAGUUCUCAUUGUGGACUUUAUUACCUAUUCAUUCAUCCAGAUACCAAGUAGAUUUUUUUUUUAACACUCAUUUGAAAGUCAGGAACAGCAAGUGAUACAUACAUAUAACUGUGUUGAAUAGGUGACAAAAAUCCUCCAUAAAUAUAUCUCUGCUCUAAUUUAUUUUGUUGCAAACUGCCUCCCCCUUUUUUUAGGGUAUGCUACUGGCUAUUUUUUUAUUCAUUCAACAAACAUUUAUUGAGCGCCUACUAUGUGCAAGGUCUUGUUUUCACAUGAAUUUGCAGGGAUGCAGCCAUCCUUACUCUUUUCAUCACCAAUUCCCCCUUUUUCACACAUUUUCUGAGCAAGGUGGUUUGUGGUGCUAAUUGCUUUGAAGAAAGCUUUUACUUAAAGUAGGGUUAAAACUAUGCCCUUAACCAAGGCCCGCUUUGGUCAAUUAAGCCAGAGUGUGUGUUUCACGAUGCUCACUGGUGUCAGGAAUAGGGCAUCUACUACAGGCUUGUUAAAAAUCCUGCUUUACCUGAGUACUACAAUUCUCUUUGUCCUGAAGGCCUUACCUUCCCAGGCCAAUGUAGAUUUUCAUGAUUAGAGAUCUUGGACAGUUUCAUCCAAAUGCAGGGAUAGAGGCCAAGGGUACAGACAGACUUUAGAAACUCUCAUUUGAAAAAUCCAGUAACCGUUUCUUUUAGAGAUGUUGACAAGCAUAUCUAGCAUUAUAGAGUUUAUACAGAUCCCCUAAAUUGUGUUCAGGUUAUUUAGGAUAUGAACUAUACCAGCAUACAUGGUUCAUGUCCCUCAGUCUCUUUCCCCCUUUUAAGGUUCUUACCAUAGACUGUCAUUGAAAGAAUUUUUGGAAAAAGUCAAUCUCCAUGGGGGAUUUGGGGAAGAAAAGAAAAUGAUAGACUCUUACUGAAGUUAGAAAGCUGCUUAAUAAAGAGAACGAACCUUUGGGUUUCGCACAUCAGCCAGAAGCAGCCAACACAACAGAAGGAAGAGUCGUGAGCAUUUUUGCCUGGAUUUUAAAAUUUGCACCCAGAAAGUCAUGUUGUUGCCCAGAUGAACUCAUUGCAGCAAUGCCCCACCAUAGUCUCCUUCCCCACCUCUCCCCAGUUUGUAUUCUGCUUGUUGUGACCAGAUAUUUUUCUUUUUCUGGUAAUUUGUGAGCAAAGUGGAAAAUUUCAGGGUGCUUAUUUUUUACCUGUGGACAACCAGGAGAGUUCACUGAGCUACAAAUAGUGGCAGUAUCUGAAUUUUGGAGACCAGGAUUGUGGGUGUUCUGAUUUCCAUCUGUAUGCAACAGAGAGCAUGUGUGAACUGUAGCCACUCAUUUCUAUUUAUUUUCUGGUUUCAAUGGAAGGGACAGUGGUUUGUUUUAGUCUGCAGAAAUGCUUUAUCUGAUGUGCUAUAAUACACCCUCCUCGUUGCAAUGCAUGAGCCCCUGCUCCUGUAUGUUUUAGUGUAAUUUCUCUAAGCCAUUAUUCCAGGCAUGGCGUUUCUUAGGGGUACUUGGAUUUCUCAAAUGUGUAAAAACACCAAGCCAAUUUCUUCAUGCCUUAUUAGGACCACCCAGCACAUGCAAUAACCACCCGAGUAGGUGCAUGUUGUGUCUUACGGAUUACUUUAACUAUGUUAUUCAGAAUGUCCUUCUCUUAGUGGUAUAUUAUCUCAUGGAGAAAUGGAUGACCACCACUGUAAAUAAACUUGUUUCUAUAGGACGCAGUCAUAUCCAUUUCUCUUUGAAGUCCCCACUUCUACAAAGAAAGAAUAUGUUUUUAAUCACCUGAAUGCAAAAAAAAUCAAUGACAAUAGGGAUUUUUUUUAAAGAAGUAUUUUCAUUUUAUAAAAAAAUUCAAGUUUAUAAUAGUAAUUAGUUUGUGAAGAAUUCACCUUUGCACAGAGGUGAGGCUUAGCUUCUUAAAGUGCUCAUCUUUAUCCUGAGCAUUUAAUCACUUUUAACUCAUUUGAAUGAUAAUGACCUAUAGGUCAGUGCUUUUUUCUUAAAUUCUGUGUAAAUAAUAUGUCAGUUAGGGAAGGGUAAACUUAAGAAGGAAAACACUGGGCCAGAUUUUGUUCUGCAUAUGUAGCAAGACCCAAAAGUCUCUUGUUUUGUUUUUUAAAAUCCUGAUGGGAAACAUCAUUAAAUUUAUUUAUCCAACGACCACCACCCCUAGCCAGUCCUCCUUUCUACAAGUCUCUCAUUCUUUCCGGAGGUCAUUAAUCUAUUCCAGACAGGCAACUGAGUUUAAAAUAACCAAUAUCAAUAGAGAGCUCUGCACAUGCCAUUUUCAUGGUGCCUAUAGCCACAAUUAAUGAUAGAGCCAGGGAAAACUGGCCAGGUUACUCCACUGGUAUUGUUGACUUUGACAUUUCCAUAGCCACCUCUGAGGGUGGGAAGUAGGGAGAAGGGGAGUUAGGAAAUACCUGCUAUGUGUUUUGACUCACCAUUUUUCAGAGAUGGAAGCCACACUGAAGUUGAAUUUCUUACAUUAAGCAUGUAGGAGAACCAAAACUUGCCGCCCCCCCACCCCCAGCGCCUCUUAGGCAUUCAUUGACCUCUGUCCAACUCUGAAGGCAAAUCAUGAUGGGUGACUCACUGACUUGGAUGAUAAGCAUUUGGGCCUUUAGAAACCACCUGCCUUACAAGGUCCAUUCAUUUCUAAACUAAGACUUCAACUAGGAUCGCCAUUUUAGGCUUUAAAAGUAAGAAUGUACAACCAGCAUGGAGCCCCUUUUUAUAGUACAGGGGAUUCCUUGAAGGGCCACUUGUUCAUCUUUUCUCAGGUGACAGACCUCCAUAUUUCAGUAUUUUUUUUAGCACAUUUUGAUGGUGAUUACAGAGGAGGAUGGGGGGGAUGGGUAAAGGUUGAAGCAAGCAUAAAGAGAAAUUGAUUUUUUUCCCCCCACUGCUUGCUAGAGGACCAUAAUUUUUCCUGGGGAAACCCCUGACUCUAGCCAUCUAUAAAUCUAGUAAAUUUCAUCCUACAGGGCCAUGUUUAACUAGCUGAGAAAGACUUCUCAGGAUGUUUGAACUUGGUGGUCUGUGAUGCUGUUCCAAAUUCGUAGUGUGUAAAAACAGAAAGAUCAUUAAUCGCAACUUUUUUUUUUAAUCCACCGAUAAAUCACAUGCACCCAUCUAUACAGAUCGAUGUCACUUUGAUCAGUUUUGUGCAUGCAAAAGCAAGACAGGAUUGUGAGUCAUUUCUGUUGUUUGGUUUGCUUUCAUUUUGUGUUCUGAGAAAUUUGUUCUUUGUGGUCUUGGAUGCUGAAAUCUGUAUAAAAAAAAAAAACUAUGCAUUUUUAGCCGAAAGACAAAUGUAUGAAUAAAGUUGUUUCUAAGCAUAAUAUUUAAA